CCCCCAGAGAUUGACACAUCCCUAUAAAGCAAGUGUAAAGGAAUGACAUAAAAGCUUUUCUCUCAUGAUGAGAUAACUGCCUGCAAUGACACUUUUAAGAUCCUCCUCAAUAAAGACUCUCUGAGAGAAGAAUGGCUUUUGAAAAUGGUUCUUUGGUAACCGAAUUCAUACUCUUGGGGAUAACAGACCAACCUGACCUCAAAAUACCAUUGUUCUUCCUUUUUCUGGUAAUAUACAUGAUCACUGCAUUGGGAAAUAUGACCUUGAUCAUUCUGAUUGUGCUAAAUUCUCACCUCCACACACCUAUGUACUUUUUCCUGUUUAACUUGUCUUGCAUUGAUCUCUGUUAUUCUUCUGUGAUUACACCCAAAAUGCUGAUGAACUUUAUACAAAAAAAGAAUGUUAUCUCUUACACGGGAUGUAUGACCCAGCUCUACUUCUUUUGUUUUUUUGUCAUCUCUGAAUGUUACGUGCUGACUUCAAUGGCCUAUGAUCGCUAUGUAGCCAUCUGCAAUCCACUCUUAUAUAACGUUGCCUUGUCUCCUAAGGUAUGUUUCUAUCUAAUGCUUGGUUCAUAUUUGAUGGGGUUUUCUGGUGCCAUGAUCCACACUGGAUUCAUCCUGAGACUGACCUUCUGUGAUGGAAACACCAUCAACCACUACUUCUGCGAUGUCCUCCCUUUACUGCAGCUCUCCUGCACCAGCACCUAUGCCAAUGAGAUAGAACUGUUCAUUGUAACAGGAAAAGACAUCAUUGUGCCCACAGUCAUUAUCUUUACAUCUUAUGCAUUCAUCCUCUCCAACAUCCUCAAAAUAAGAUCCACUGAAAGCAGGUCCAAAGCCUUCAGCACCUGCAGUUCCCAUAUGCUUGCUGUUUGUCUGUUCUUUGGAUCAGGUGCAUUCAUGUAUCUCAAACCUACCUCAGCUGUGUCUAUGGAUCAGGGAAAAUUCUCUUCUAUUUUUUAUACCAUUGUGGUUCCCAUGAUGAAUCCUUUAAUCUACAGCUUGAGGAACAAAGAUGUUAAAGUGGCUCUGAGAAAAACCUUGAGCAGGAGAAUGUAUUGA